GGCGAGGUCUCGGAGAUCUGCCCAAUCCGGGACCACAGGGGCGGUGCCGGGACUGCUGUCCAAUCAGAACGCGAAGGGCCGCAGGCUGUCCUAUCACGGUGCGGGGAGCUCGGUGUCCUGGAGCAAUAUCCAAUCAGGGUCGCGGGGAGUCUCUGUAUUACCAAUCACGUCGCAGGACCUGAAGCAACGACCAAUCGGAGCGCGGGGGUGCGCACCGCGGUGAAAGGCUCAUCCUCCGGAAACUGUCCAAUCGGGCCUGGGGGCGGGGGCGGGGGGCGGAUCCCACCCCCGUGGACCUGUGUCCGCGCCCGCCGCCGGCUAGUGCUCACCUGCCCGGAGCUGGCCCAGGUGUGGUGUGCGCGGGGAGCCCACGUGCCCAGGCUGCCGUGCCGCGUGGAGGAGUCCUGCAGAGCUCGGAGCGGAGCCGCGAGAUGGACUCGGUGGUCUUUGAGGAUGUGGCUGUGGACUUCACCCUGGAGGAGUGGGCUUUGCUGGAUUCUAUGCAGAAGAACCUCUACAGAGAUGUGAUGCUAGAAACUUUCCAGAACCUGGUCUCAGUGGAUUAUGAAACACUGCUUAAAGCCAGUGGGUUGGUUUCUCAACAGGAUAUGCAUGAGGAAAAAAAAUCUAAUGAACAGAAAAUGGCAAAAUUCACAAGAAAUCGUUCUUGUGCCUACAUUUUAGAAAAAAAUUGCGAAGACCAUAGCAUUGAAGAUCAGCAUGGAAACCAUGCAAGACAUCUGAGAAAUCCUGUGACAGGCAGAUUCUGUGAAGGUAAUGAAAAAAAUCAGCACAGAGAAAUGUGCAGCCAGUUUCCCCAUUUUAAUUUCUGCAAGAAUGUUUCUACUGGAGUAAAACUCUAUGAAUGUACCAAGUGUGGAAAAGGCUUCAUGCAUCUUUCUUCCCUUAAGAGGCACGUCAGAUCUCACACUGGACAAAAACCAUAUCCGUGUCAAGAAUGCAAGCAGGCUUGCGUUUGUCAUGCACACCUAAGAACUCACGCUGGAGAGAAGCCCUAUGGAUGUAAAUUAUGUGGGAAAACCUUUCCUUAUUUCUACUCCCUCACUGAACAUAUCAGGAUUCACACUCCAGAGAAAAAUGAAUGCAAGCAAUGUGGGAAAACCUUCCACGAGUUCUCCAGUCUUACUAGACACAUGAAAACUCACACUGUGGAAAAGCCAUAUAAGUGUAAGGAACGUGGGAAAGCCUUCAUUUAUCCCUCAAUCUUUCAAAGACACACGGUAACACACACUGGGGAGAAGCCCUAUGAAUGUAAGUUAUGUGGAAAAGCCUUUCACCAUUCUUACUCCCUUACUCAACAUAUGAAGAUUCACACGUCAGAGAAAACCUACGAAUGCAAGCAAUGUGGGAAAACCUUCCACGAGUUCUCCAGUUUUACUGGGCAUGUGCGUACUCACACUGGAGAAAAGCCAUACAAGUGUAAGGAAUGUGGGAAAGUCUUUAUUUAUCCCUCAGUCUUUCAAAGGCACAUGAUAACACACACUGGAGAGAAGCCCUAUACAUGCAAACAGUGUGGGAAAACCUUCAGUUAUCCCCAGUCUUUCCAAAGACAUGAAAAGGCUCACACUGGAGAAAAGCCGUAUGAAUGUAAGGAAUGUGGGAAAGCCUUCAGUUGGCCUGAAACCUUCCGAGGACAUGUGAGGAUGCACACUGGGGAGAAGCUGUAUAAUUGUGAGCACUGUGGGAAAGCUUUCAGUUCCCCCAAGUCCUUCCAGGGGCAUGUGAGGACCCACACUGGAGAGAAACCUUAUGAGUGUAAACAGUGUGGAAGAGCCUUCAGUUGGCCCUCAACCUUUCGAGAACAUGUGAGAAUUCACACUGAAGAGAAACUGUAUAAAUGUGAGAAUUGUGGGAGAGCCUUCACUUCUUCCAGAUCCUUUCAAGGCCACAUGCGCACCCACACUGGAGAGAAGCCUUAUGCAUGUGCACGAUGUGGGAAAGCCUUUAGUUGGUCCUCGUCCUUACAAAAGCAUGUGAGGUUGCACACUGGAGAGAAACCCCAUAAAUGCAAGCAAUGUGGGAAAGCCUUCAAGUGGCCUUCAUCCUUUCGAAACCAUGUGAGAAUGCACACUGGGUAGCAGCUCCAGAAAUGCAUGUAAUAUUUGAGUUAGGUCAUGCUUUCUAGGGAGAAAUUCCAUAAUUGUAAGUAAUGUUGGAAAAUCUUACACUAAUUCAUGUAUCAUAUUCCAGGAAGGAAAUAUAGAAGUUAUAAAUAUGGCACUGUUUGUCACUACCUCAUUUAAAAAUGGACCCCUAAAUAGUGAAUUUCCAGUUCUUUCACAAAUAAGUGUUCAUAUGAGAAAUAAUUCUCUAAGUCUUUCAGGUAGAGUGCAGGAGUUUAAAAAGUGGGGUGUUUUGGGGUUUUUUUUCCUAUUUUUUCAGUUAAUACCAUUUUCUUUCUUGGUAGUUUAUUUGAGCCAUAGUAAUUUGAAGUGUGCUUUUAAUGUGACAGAAAGUUUAACUCUUACAUAGUGUGUUGUAGUGUAAGUGCUUGACAUCGAGCUUCAGAUUUUAAUGUAGGGGCCUGACCGUAGUCAUUUGACUGCUGGGGCAUCUACCUGAAAGACCUCUGUCUGGAAUAAACAUUGUUGGCUAUAGAAUACGGCUGCCAGCAGAACAGCUAGAUACAGAACCAGGCCACCCUCCACCAAUGAAGUUCCUAAUAAAUAAUAAACCUGCAAAACCCUAGGCAGCCCACCUUUGUCCCCAACAUACAUAGAACACCAGGUCUGCAUUCUCUACUCACAGCCUUGCUGUGUGGCCCCAGGCGUACUGUGUACUUCCCAGGACUUGGGAGUAAUAAACCUUGUUCUUCUGAGUUCCAUGAUGGCUCUUGCUAAGGUGCGUCUUACAAUAAGAACCACAGGGAACAGUCCAGUCACAACAUUGGGUCUGGAUGGGGUCAGGUCUGUGGGGCCUCACCACAAGCAGUGUGGCCCAGGUGAGCACACCUAGGCUUUCCUAGCUGAUGGGAUCACCACUGACCCGCUGAGAUGAACAAAACAGUAGUCUUUCUGUAUCAUUAGAAUAACAGGACUUGGGUCAUUUUGCAGUUUUCUUACUGUUCUAGAAGGGCACAUAGUGGAUAUCACCUAUAUAUUUCUUUCUUCUUACUGAAAUACUCGUUUAAUGUAAAAAAUUGUAAGUAUGCAAAACUCUACAAAGAGUGAUCUUUAUCUCCUGCAGUUUGCUCUUUUCCUUGCUUCUGCAUGUGACUUGGACAGCAAGCUUUGAAUUAAGAAUAGAGACUAUGACAUAAUGAAACAUAUAGAGAGAUGGUUAUACCAGAUUUCAUUAUGGAAAUGUGGGUAAGGCUGGGAAUUCAACUUUCCUAAAUGUCUUUCCUGUAUACUUCCAGGUUAACAUUCAUUAGUUGACAAAUUUUCAUGAGACAUAGAAAGCAGAAUGGACACUGCCUUCUAGACCAUUACACUAAUUCCUGCCCCUUUUAAUCAAGAGUCCCCUCAAAACAGACAGCAAGCACUUGACUUUCAUUCUCUCAAACCUAACCUGUCAUUAUCUCCAUGUCCUCCACCGACAUGGAUACUAAAAAAUGUUUUUUUUUUUACUUUUCACUCGGGAUAUAUUAAAAUAUCCCAUUGCAAUUACAGAGCGUGAAACCAAUGUUAUAAUUUUGCCAAUUUAGGCACCAUUCAUAUAGUCAGUGUUAACAGGUUUGUAUGGAUUCAUGUAUUUUUCUUUCUGGUUUUUUAAUGUACUUAAAACUUCCGACAUUAACAUGAUUUCAUAUUCAUUCAUGAUAGUAAAAACUUAUUUUGUCAAUGUAAUCUAGCCAAAGACCACCAGGACCAUGCCUGCAGUCAAGGGGAGUGGGUAGGUUAUGCUACUGCAGCGGGACACUCACUCACCAGGAAGGUUUGCAGGAUGCAUCAGAGUGUUUUAAGAGACUGACCAGUUUGGGGUUUCUGUGAUUUGGAGGAGCACUGAGUGAUGUGAGGUUUGCUCUGGAUUGGCUACUUAGGUCUGGUUGGUAAUCUUCAUAGUUCUUAUUUGGAAGAGACAAAAUUGAGUGGAACAGCGUCGCCUGAGUGGCUCAGUUGGUUAAGCAGCUGCCUUCAGCUCAGGUUAUGAUCCCAGGAUCCUGGGAUCAAGUCCCGCAUUGGGUUCUCUGCUCAGUGGGGAGCCUGCUUCUCCCUCUCCCUCUGCUGCUGCUCCCUCUGCUUGCGCACUCUCUCUCUCUGACAAAUAAAUAAAAUCUUUUUUUAAAAAAAGGAAAAAAAAUAGACAAACUUGGCUUCAUGAAAAUUUAAAAUUCUGUGCAUCAAAAGACAGUAUCAACACAGUAAAAUGUCAACUCACAGAAUGGGAGAAAAUACCUGCAAAUCCACAUACUUGAUGAUAUUAAUAUCCAGAAUAAGAAUAUAUACAGAAUGUCUAAAAUGCAACAACCCCAAAAAACCAAGCCUGAUUCAAAAUUAAUAAAUGACUUCAAUAGACAUUCUCUAAAGAAUAUAUAUGAGGAAUUUGAGAAACAAGACAGAGGAUUUUAGGGGAAGGGAGGGAAAAAUGAAACAAGAUGAAACUGGAGGGGGAGACAAACCAUGAGACUCUUAAUCUCAGGAAACAAACUGAGGGUUGCUGGAGUGGAGCGGGGUAGGAAGGAUGGGGUGGCUGGGUGAUGGACAUUGGGGAGGGUAUGUACUAUGGUGAGUGCUGUGAAUUGUGUAAGACUGAUGAAUCACAGACCUGUACCCCUGAAACAAGUAAUACAUUAUAUGUUAAUGUUAAAAAGAAUAUAUGUACAUGUACAAUAAGCACAUUAAAAAAUACAUGACAUCAUUAAUCAUUAGGGAAAUGCAAAUCAAAACUACAAUCUGAUACCACCUCAAACACAAUGGGAUGGCUUCUUAUUUUUUUAUUCUUAUGUUAAUCCCCAUACAUUACAUCAUUAGUUUUAGAUGUAGUGUUCCAUGAUUCAUUGUUUGUGCAUGGUGCUCCAUGCAGAACGUGCCCUCCUCAAUAUCCAUCACCAGGCUAACCCAUCCUCCCACCCCCCUCCCCUCUAGAACCCUCAGUUUGUUUUUCAGAGUCCAUCGUCUCUCAUGGUUCGUCUACCCCUCCAAUUUCCCCUGCUUCAUUCUUCCCCUCCUGCUACCUCCUUCUUCUUCUUCUUUUUUUUCCUUAACAUAUAUUGCAUUAUUUGGUUCAGAGGUACAGAUCUGAGAUUCAACAGUCUUGCACAAUUCACAGUGCUUACCAGAGCACAUACCCUCCCCAGUGUCUAUCACCCAGUCACCCCAUCCCUCCCACCCCACCCCCCACUCCAGCAACCCUCAGUUUGUUUCCUGUGAUUAAGAAUUCCUCAUAUCAGUGAGGUCAUAUGAUACAUGUCUUUCUCUGUUUGACUUAUUUCACUCAACAUAAUACCCUCCAGUUCCAUCCACGUUGUUGCAAAUGGCAAGAUCUCAUUCCUUUUGAUGGCUGCAUAAUAUUCCAACACAAUGGGAUGGCUUCUAACAACAAAACAAAGCAAACCAGAAAACAAGUGUUGAUGAGGAUGUGGAGAAAUAGGAACACUUGUGCACUGUCGAUAAAAUGGUAAAGCCGCUGUUCAAAAUACUAUGGUAGUUCCUCAAAAAUUUAAAAAAGAAUUACCAUUUGAUCCAGCAAUUCCACUUCUGGGUAUAUACCCAACAGAAUUAAGAGCAGAGUCUUGAAGAGAUACUGGUACACCUGUUUGUAUCAGCAUUAUCCACAAUGCCUAAAAUGUGUAAGCAACUCACAUGUCCACUAAUGGAUGAAUAGAUAAGCCAAAUGGAGUACAUACAUACAAUGGAAUAUUUUUCAGCCUUAAAAAGUAAGGAAAUUUUCAUGUGUAAUGAGACAGAUGGAUCUUGAGAAUAUUAUCCUAAGUGAAAUAAACCAAUUAGAAAGAGGCAAAUACCAUAUGAUUCCAUGUGUAUGAGGGACUAAGAGUUGUCACACUUAUACAGACAGUAAAAUGGUGGGAGCCAGGGUCUGGGGGGAGGGGAGGGAGGGGAGUCAGCGUUUAGUGGAAACAGUUUCAGUUUUACAAGAUGAAGAGUUCUGGAGAUGGAUGGUGGUGAUUGUUGCACAACAGUGUGAAUGUAUUUAAUACUUCUGAACUUUACACUUAAAAAUAAUAUGAUCAUUUUAUGUGUAUUUUACUGUAAAAACUGGGGGAAAGUAGGCUGACGGGCAUAAUAAAACUGUACAUACCCAUGACCUGCUUUUACCACAUUUCUAUCAGGUUUUAUGUCCAGUUCACCCCACUGAUUUUUCACCAGAUAAUUUUGAAGAAACUCCCAGAUACUACUAUUUAAUCCAUGAAUAUUCCGGAAUGUAACUUUUUAGCAUAACCCAAAGGCCAUUAUCACACCUAAAAAUAAAGUUUUCCCUUAAUACAUUCCAAUGAACAUGUAUAGCAAUUUCG